GCGGCGCUGACGCUGUGUAGCGCCUGGUGUAGGCCGUUGCCGUCUUGUCCCCGGCCCACGCGGAAGUGACCGGGCUGCGGUGAACGAAGCCGGUGACCGGGGGGCUGCGGUCGGUGAGGCCGGACCUCGCCUUCGGGUAAUGUUUCUGACCACAGUACUCCUCCGAAAAAGAAUUCCUGGGAAACAAUGGAUUGGAAAAUACAGAAGACCAAGAGUGGUUACUCUUUCAAUGAAGCGUUCAAUGAUUCAAAGGCUGGAAGUUGAAGCUGAGAAUGAAUAUUGGCUGAGUCAACCAUAUAUGACACUAGAGCAGGAAUAUAAACAUAAUGCAGAGCGGAGGCUUGCAAAAUGGGAGGCUGUGAAAAGCCAGGCAAUAUCUAAGUUUCCUGAACAUAGAUAUGUUGCAGAUCAUUUGAAUCACUUGAAUGUGACUAAAAAAUGGACAAACUCUUAAAUCCCAUCUGUUCACUUUUGGCAUAUUUGCAGUGCUCUACCAUCUGAUCUGUUGUAGGCUGUUCAACACCUCUUGUGGAAAAUUUUGUACUUGGUAUAAAAAUGUGGGGAUAAGGAUGUGAAUCAGAUGAACAUUUGUCUUCUGUUAAUAUAUGUAGAGUUAAUGACAUUAAAAUCAAUCAUACAGGAAAAAUGUGAGUUUUUUCC